GUAGAUGUAGACUAGAGCUCAGACGGGGAAAAAAAUAUCCAGUGCAAUGUCCCUUUAAAACUUCUGACAAAAGCCCAUAUGAUCCCUGAGCUCCAAUCACCAAUUCCUACUGCAAAAGCAGCCUCUGCAUUUUUGUCUGCCUGAAUGCUGCUAGCACGGCGAAAAAAACAGCGAGGGGAAGGAAAACUGAAGAAAUGUGAAAAUCCAACGUACUAUUAGAUGUCGAGCGGAAGUCCUGCGCAAACGGAGUUAUUCGCUGACUCCUUCGAUGCUACAGACCUCGGAUCAAAAUGCGGAGAGGAGUGCUGCUGAGUUCUUUCUGCUGGAGGAUGCAACGCUGCACUUCCCUCAUUUAAUGGACAGGCAUCUCUACCAGCCUCAGGUUUCCUCCCACAAGGACGUGCUGGGUGACCACAUCCCCUACUUCCAGGCCCUCAUCUCCCAGAGUCAACCGCUGCACUGCAUAAACCUGGCCUUUCAGUUGCUACGUAUCCAAAUCCUCAACGUCAUCUGUAUCUCCAUCUUCGAAGUCCUACAAGUGUCACUUGUGCUCCAGAUGAGUUCCUGUCACAAGCUACUUGGGUCCAAUGAGAUGGCAAACACAGACGGGCAGGGUACUGCCUCGUCCAAUCAGAUGUACAAGAUGAAGGAGCUUGAGAAGAUGUACACACAGCAAGGAAAUGGUACAUUCUCAUUGCUUGACAGUGGGGUCAGUAGGGAAGUCACGCAGACACAUUCAUCUAGCGUCCACUCCAGCCCUCAAGCCAAACACUUCUACAAAAAGGAUGACAGUGGAGGGGGAGUGGCUAGUGGAGGAGGGCGGGGCUUAUGCGCAAUGGAGGGAGGGGCCAGUAUAAAUGAAGCGGGAUCUCGGGAGAGUUCUGUCUCCUUUAACAGAGAGCAGAUUAUAGUGGAGGUCAACCUAAAUAACCAGACUUUGAAUGUUUCUAAAGGGUCCGAUGGCAAGGGUGUCACCUCAAGCACCUCAUCCCUCCUCAUUCACCGUCACGCCAAUCUUUCCACUGCGGUGGAGGGUAAGGAGCAAGACGAUAAUGAAGAUGUCGGCGAGGAUGAAGAAGAAGAGUAUGAACACAGAAAGGAAGGGAUGGAAAAUUGCAGCGAUGAUGAGGACGAUGAAGAUGAAGAGGAGAAUGAGCUCGACAUUCCAGAAACAGGAUGCACUAGCGUGGAAAGAUGCCGUGCCUUGAGAAUACCAACAGACGCCAUCGGCAUGAGACAGACGCUAAUUGACUCUACACUAGGGGAGGGGAGGAAGAGGAGGAAAGAGCAGGAGAGUCUGGGGCAGAAGGUGAAGCUAGAAGAAAAGCAGCACUUUUCUUGCAAGAAAUGCCCUCGUAUUUUUAACAACCGCUGGUACUUGGAGAAGCACAUGAACGUCACCCACAACCGCAUGCAGAUCUGCAAUAAAUGCGGCAAGCGCUUUUUACUGGAGAGCGAGUUGCAGCUUCACCAUCAGACAAACUGUGAGAAAAACAUACAGUGCGUGACUUGUGGAAAAGCCUUUAAAAAGCUGUGGUCUUUACACGAACACAACAAGAUUGUCCACGGAUAUGCUGAGAAGAAGUUCUCUUGUGAAAUCUGCGAAAAGAAGUUCUACACCAUGGCACAUGUCCGGAAACACAUGGUUGCUCACACUAAGGACAUGCCGUUCACUUGUGAAACGUGUGGGAAAUCCUUCAAACGCAGCAUGUCUCUUAAAGUGCACUCUCUUCAGCACUCUGGAGAAAAGCCCUUCAAGUGUGAGAACUGCAGUGAAAGAUUCCAGUACAAAUACCAGCUGAGGUCACACAUGAGCAUCCAUAUCGGACACAAGCAGUUCAUGUGCCAGUGGUGUGGGAAAGACUUCAACAUGAAGCAGUACUUCGAUGAACACAUGAAGACCCACACUGGAGAGAAACCAUAUAUCUGUGAGAUCUGUGGAAAGAGCUUCACGAGCCGGCCCAACAUGAAACGGCACCGCCGCACUCACACUGGCGAGAAGCCGUACCCCUGUGACGUGUGCGGACAGCGUUUCCGCUUCUCCAACAUGCUCAAAGCCCACAAGGAGAAGUGCUUCCAGGUCAGCAACCCCAUGGUAUCUGAUACCACCAACCUUGUGGACCUGGACCCCACGUCAACUGAUAAGGACCCCCCAGCUAGUCAGUUAACCAGCCACCCUGUAACUCCUCCCGGUGAGGCGUCCAGUCUCCACCAGGUCAAGUCGCUCUCGCUACCCUUCAUCCACUCUAUUGUAGGUCUUCCAUCUCCCCCGGGCCUUUUUUCCACUGAAAGGGUUAACUCCGGUAACAUCUAGUUUUGAAUAUAAAGUUGAAGUUAUUUUGAUUCGUUUCUUUUCUGAAACCCAAAGCUAGCAGUAGCUCCCCAUGAGCUUUUUGAUUCGCAUCCAAUGUCAAUCACUCUCAUUGGGGUUUCCAAACACGCUGAGUGAGGUCUAAGACUUCCAGCGGGUGUUUGAACAGUGUGUGACACUGAAUAUUCCUUUUAAACUGUGCAAAUUUUCACUUAUCUUAUUCUCAUAGAGAUAUUUUAUAUACUGUUCAAAUAAGCUUCUCGUAUUACAGAAAUACAACAAAUGUUCUCAUCAUUUUUGUUGUUGAUUAAUGCAUUGUUCGUGAGCUGCAGGAUUAGUAUUUAGUAUCGCAUUUCACAUGCUCUUGCCGUAGACUUUAAUGCUUUGCCGGUUAUAUAUAACAGGUUGAGGUUCUCAUUAUCUGCUGUAUGAAAUAUAGAUGCAUACUGAACUCACAGCAGAGGGCGCUGUGGGACAUGAGCGUUGCAAAGUUUCGGAGCAGCUCUUUAGCCAAUAAAGGUGUAGCAGCUGUGUCCCCCUGCCAUAACCAAAUCCAGAUGUAUUGCAGUAACCAAAUCCUGUUAGCUUAUAUGUUAUUACUGAAUAUGAAAUGUAUAAUCACUACAGCACCUUAUUUUUAAUCAUAGAUGUAUUUAUAUUGUCCUGUCUUCUUCGAAUCCUGAAAGGUUGAAAGUUUUGCCACGUGGACUCUUCUGCAUAUUUGCAGAGGUUUGUUUUUUGAAGCGUCUGUGCAGGGCACAGGUGGGACGAAUGGUUUUUGUCAAAGGAAAUAUGUAGCAAAGGCACUUCAGAAUAAUCAAUGUUUGAUGUUUGCUUAAAGGAGUAAUUCACCCCGAAAUGAAAAUUUGCUGAGAAUUUACUCGCAAUCAGGCCAUCCAAGACGUAGAUGAUUUGGUUUUGUAAAUUUAGCUUUACAUCACUUGCUCACCAGUGUGUGCUCUGCAGUGAAUGGGUGCCGUCAAUCCAAACAGAUGGUUAAAAACAUCAUAGUAAUCCACAUGAUUGCAGUCUAUCGAUUAACGCUUUCUGAAAUGAAAACCCUGUGUUUGUGAGAAAUAAAUCCAUCAAGGCCUUUUUACUUUAAAUUGUUGCUUCUUGCCAAAAUAUGGACUAGCUUCUUGUCAUAAUAAUAUCCAUAAUAAUACUUCCCCAAGUGAAAAAGUCCAUCCUGUGUUGUCCUCACACACUAAAUCCAACAACAUAUUUGUUUAGAGCUUUUUAUUUGAUCUGUGCUUAUUUCUCUCCUGAUUCAGGCGAGAUGGGUUUUUCCCUGGAGACAUUAAUAUUGAGAAUAGAGGACUCAUAUUUUAGCCCCAACAAACUGUUUGAACUUUGAAGUUAAAAAUGUCGUGAUGAAUUUGUUUCUUACAACCAUGCAGUUUUUCGCUUUACAAGACAUUUUUAUCAGCUGUUUCUCAUUCUGACGGCACCCAUUCACUUCAGAGGAUCCACUGGUGAGCAAGUGACGAAAUACAAAAUUUCUUAAAAUCUGUUCAGAUGAAGAAACAAACUAAUUUAUUACUAAUUUUGAAAGAAACAUAUUAUUUUCAGAAAAUCCCAAAGAAGGAUGUUUACCUUUCUUUUAAUUCUCUCUGUAUUAUUUUAAAAUUUUCAAAGCACUUUACUCUGUGUUGGCCAUAUGUGUAAUGGCAAAAUCUGAAAGGCCUAAACCACUUGUGAAGAAAUUAGUAUGAAAAGGAGUGGGUUUUUUUAUUUGCACAAAGGCAAUAUCAAUUCUGGAUGAACACCAGGGUUUGUUUGGUUCAAAAAUAUUUUUGUGUUGAAUGUCUGAAAUGCUUUUUGGUAAAUCGAGCAGGUUUAUCACCUUUUUUUUCAUCAGGAACAAAUUCAUCAGUCAUCAUUAAUGCUUUCAAUUAUUUUUAUUUUCACUUCACACUAUUUUAAGAUGGUUUUGAAUGACAGACAGUCUGAAGAACUUAUGGAAACUUAUGGUUACUUGUGGACAAAUGUUUUAGUUUUGUGCCCUAAAAAUUUAAUUAUGUAGCAAAAAAUAUCAGGACUUUUGGGACUCAUGUACACUGUAUGGUCCUGUUAAGAAGACACACAGAAUAUACAAAAAAAUUAUUAAAAAAUUUGUAAAGAAAAAAAUAAAAUUCCUUACCCGAUGUCAGAGGAUUAUAUAGGCACAAUAUAGUUCAAGAAAAACUUUCUAACAACUCUAGGAGCAGUAAAAUAUAGUACUUUAAUAGGUAAUAUACAUAUAUACACACACACAUACACAAACAUAUGAUAUAUAUAAAUAUACAUAGUCUGUAAAUAAUUCUGUGUUUACUUUCAGUUUUUGUUUAAUCAGUUUUCUUUUGUUUACAUUCUUAAUGGGGUCAAAUGAAUGUGAUGUGUAUGUCAGCAUUCAUGAAAGUUCUUACAAGAUGGAAAUAAGCUUAUAUAUGAGGAAUAAACUCUAAAUUUGGCCUUGCAUCUUAAACUUUACCUUACAUUGUCCUCAGAACAUCAGUCAUGUUCCUGGGUUAGAAACCUCCUCUUAAUGCAGGUUAUAGCACGUGUUUUUAAAUGGUAUGUGUUUCUAUAAGAAGUUUUAGAAAGUCCCGCUAGAACGGUCAAUUAAAGGGAUAGUUCACCAAAAUGUAAAUUCUGUUACCAUUUACUUAUCUUAAUAUCAUUUGAAACUCAUAUUAAUGUAUUUCUUCACAAGCUGUGCUAUUAAUUAUGGAAGAGCAUUUCUGCCAUGGAAUAAAACUCAGUUAAAAAGCAAUAACCUUUUUAUUUAUCCUUUUAUUUUGUGGUGGGAACAGGCUUACAUAAAAUAGCAAAAUGCUCAAGUUUUUCAUAAGUAAACGAUGAGAGAAUUUUCAUUUUUUGGCUACAGCGUCCCUCUACAGUUGGAAUGUAAUUGUAGAAAUUCUAGAAUCAUUAUUAAAAAGCAAAGCUGAUUGAACUGAUGUAAUUUUUUUAAGCAAUAAGACCCACACUAAUUGUCAGUAUUCUGCAUUGAUCAAUAUGUUCAUAAGUCAAUUUGUCAGUCAUAACCAGCUCAAUGUAGAAGCACUAUAAUAAACCUGCCUUGAGUGUGUAAUGGAAUAGAGUUGCCAUGAUCAUGAAUGUGUAGAUUGAAAUAAAAAUCACAUGUUUGAAGUUAAUGUUUAUCUGAACAGAGACCAUCACCAGGAGGACUUAUGUAUUAUGUAUUUGGUAGAAAUCCUGCAAUAAUGUUAUGCCAGAUGAUGAUUGUUCAAGCCUUUUUGUGGUUUUGCCGCAGAUCGAACCCUGUUGUUGGUGUUCUUUACAUGUUUUUCAAUGUCAUAUUGCACCUUAUACUAAAACACUGAGGUUGCAUGUUUUUAAAGCCCUCGUUAAUAUAUUUAAACAUAUUUCAUCUCAUUUCCUUUUCAAUAUGUAUAUUUAAAUAUUAAAAACUUCCCUGAAGCAUUUUCUAAGAUGCAUUACGGUCUUAUCACAAGUUGAAUUACCACAGAAUUUAAGAUUUAAAAAAACAUACUGCUGGUUUUUUGUUAUGCCCAUUUUUUUCUUAAUUUCUCUUGCUUUUGUUCUUUAAAGUCUUAUAUUUUAUGUGAAGUGAAAUUGCACAGAGGUUAAUAAACCUCCAUCUCUGAAAAUAUUGUAGUAAGUAAAAGGCUAUUGAAGAGCUGAAUGAUUUGAUUUUGUGCAUCUGAAAGAGCAUGUUUCUCUUGCAGGUUGCAAAAGGUGGAAGUCUUUAAAACUUCUUUUUUGUAUUUUGCAUACUUUACUAGCCUAGUUUGCUGCUUAUUGAGAAAGAUUUGGGAUGUUUGUGCCCUUCUUGUUUUAAUUUUUAAUUUUUAUUUAAGUGAAAAGAAAGUAAGAUUUAUAUUAAGAAGGAUUUGUCUGUUCUUUUAGUUUGUUCUGGUGUGUGCUAUCCUUUUGUAAUAAAUAAGAAGUGAUAGCAAAAGAUGAUUUGCACUUCAGAGUUUGGGUAGUUUUUCUUAUUGUCUGUUUAAGAUUUUAAAGAAACCACUCACAAUCUUGAAAAGACAUUUUGAAACCAAAUUCAAAAAACAGUUUUUCUAAACUAGUACCUAACAUGUAAUACUUAAACUUACCCAUACUUUCAAUGUAUUAAACCAAUCAUGAGUCUGACUGUUAAUUCUAUAUGUCUUAGUUAAGUUUGUGUACAUGCAGUUGGCAGUCAUACUGGUUCUGUCAGCAGGAUACUAAACAAUACAAGGACUAGAGUCUAGCGGUGCUAAUAAAAUGAGGCUGUAUUUUAUGUCACUUAUUGUACUGGGUAGUAUUUAUUGUCUGUAAUAAAAUAAAAUAAUCAUUUCAAUAGUGAACUAAAUGAAACAUGA